CAGACAACGGUGGCACUCUUACCCACCACGCCCUGCCUUAAACAUGUGUCGUGACGUAGGUGUUGUGUUUACCUACAGUUAGUGUUUACCCCAAGUCGUGUUGAAGUGGUGUGAAGACUCGACGGCGAAAGAAAAUCGUCGUUAUCACUCUUUCUGUCUUUGAAGGCUUUUGGACUGGGAAAGAAUUUGGUCUAUGUAAUUUCUCUUGCUUUGUGUGUGAAUUAAUCACGUGUUGAUUUGUGAAGCGAGUGUUUUGGAUCAUACUGUCUAUUUUAUUUCAAUUUUGUUUCGUUUCUGAAAGUAAUAAUUGUUAAAUAUCAUAUAUACAGUAUUCGUGGAAAAAAAUAGAAUUGGGACAUCAGUAAACAAGGGUAUAAAGAUGGGAUGACAAAGAAAAAAAGAAAGUAUUUCGCAUUUACAUCUUACAAAUAGUGGAUCCAUUUAGAACAUCAAAAACAAGAGUAACAACAUCAGCAAACCCGGCAGCAACUUGAAAAGAUUUCUUCAUUGUCAACAUCUCUUGUACAGCACAACCACCUGCUCCAUCCUCCCCUUCGCCAUACCAAGCAUAUUUUCCAAUAUACCUGUUACAGCAGUACCGUGUCCCUUCAGAAGUUUUUGUAUUGGUGUAAUAGCAGUUGCUAACAUGAAAAAGGAAGAAUUGCUUUUGGAGGAUAGUGGAGAUGCAGACGACUACAAGUACGACCCCAGAUACCCGUACGACUAUGGGAAUCGCUCUGACUAUGGGAGUCGCCACAGCUCCCUUCGCAGCAAGAACCGAGUCGUCUUCGUGGAGCCUGACGAAGAGAGCGUCUCCAGCCAGUUUUGGGAAUCGAACCCGUGGCUGGAAGACCUCAUUGCCCUGGUGAAGGAGAGAGGACCUACGGUUCUGGUAGUCCUAAUGCUGGGAGGUCUAGGCAUCUUCUGCACACUCGCGGGAUGGUGGUUGUUGGCAGUAGCCGGAGCGCUCAACUACCUUGGGGGGAUCAUUGUACAGGGGGUCGUACUGCCGGUCGUUGGACUCAUCCUGCUGAUGAUGUCCAUGAUGGUCUUUCGCACGAACUGGUCGUCUUUUAAGAAGGAACCGGAAGGUGUCUCCGAAGUCUUCGACGCAGAUCCGACCAUUCUGAACAAGGCCAUCGUCAGGCCAAGCUGUCUGGUGAACAGCGAAUUCCGAAGACAAGCCAGAUGA